AUGGUAGGCGUAGUGACACCGACCAGAGUGUCUCACGCGUACUGCUCUACUCCUCGCGGUGAACUCGCCAACAGCGGCGAUGAGUUAGCUUGUGAGGAAAUACCUUGUACGCACCACACACCCACAAGCGCGCAUAGCCUCUACUCGGGAUGCUUCCACAUCGCCGCUCCUGCCUCGUUCGUCUCACGCGGCCCCCCCCUCUCCCCUCAUCUCCCCCCUCUCCCUUCAUCUCCCCCUCUCCCUUCAUCUCCCCCUCUCCCUUCAUCUCCCCCUCUCCCUUCAUCUCCCCCCCUCCCUUCAUCUCCCCCUCUCCCUUCAUCUCCCCCUCUCCCCUCAUCUUCCCCUCUCCCCUCAUCUCCCCCUCUCCCCUCAUCUCCCCCUCUCCCCUCAUCUCCCCCUCUCCCUUCAUCUCCCCCUCUCCCCUCAUCUCUCCCUCUCCCCUCAUCUCCCCAUCUCCCCUCAUCUGCCCCCACUUCCCUAAUCUCCCCCCUCUCCCGUCUGUUUCCACCCCACCCUCUCCCAUUCCGCCCAUCUCCCCGCUCCCAAGGAAUGCCAGGCAUGCGCUGCGUGUGCCGUGUUGCUUUCCUCUCCGUGUCGCUCACAUCGCCACGCCAUGCUGCUGGGCGCCGCACCAAGCCACGCCAUGCCUGUGUCGUCUUGCAUCUCUGCCUGCGCACCGGGGCUGCCUGCCCACCCACCUCUGCCACCACCGCCACAGCAAGCGCCGCCACGUCAUCAGGUGCCGCCAUGCCGCCAUGA